AUGGAGCCCGAGACGCUCGUGCAGUGCCCGUACGAUCGCAACCACCGCGUGCGGGUGUCGCGCCUGCCCUACCACCUGGUCAGGUGCGAGCAGAACAACCCCCAGGCGUCGCGCGGUCUGGCCACGUGUCCCUUCAACGCGCGACACCGCGUCCCGCGGGGACACCUGCGGGGCCACCUCAGCUCCUGCCCCGACCGGCGCCUGCUGGACGCCCCCAAGGUACUCCCAGACCCCCACCCGGUGUGUGUGACACCCCAAACCCCUCACCGCUGUGUCCCCUCUCUCCCCCUGGCGUGGCAGCCCCCGUGCCGGGAGUACUGGGAUGCAGAGCUGGACGCGCUGGAGGCCCCCCCGUUCAUCCUCAACGUCACCCACCUGGACCUGCCCGUGCCCCGCGACAGCCCGCUCCCGAUCCCGCUGCUCCUCCCGCUGCUGCUCCCGCCCGUCGCCGCCUUCAACCUGGAGGCAUCGCGGCCCGUGGUCUUCCGAGGGGCCCCCGGGUCCCUCUUCGGCUUCGCGCUGGACUUUUACCUGCCCGACCCCCGCAG